AUGACGAUACACAAACAAUACCCUCCUCGAGACUACGAGACCUUUGCCGACGACACACCUGCCGAGUCGGAUAGAUUGGUUGCCAAUCCUCCUACUAGUAUCUCGCAGCAACAAUCAGACUCUGACAAGUCAAGAUCCGCCGCCUUCGAGGCUCAGCGGCUGGCCUCGCAAGGCUCAUGGGCAGACACAUUUGUGGGCGGGAGUGGGACACCUGCCACGAACCCAACUCCAGCGGCUUCGACGGUCGACGAUUGCGAGGAGGCGAGAAAGGCGCAAUACUCUAGCUCCCACUCUCAUAUCCUGCAAGAGCCUAAUGACACUCUGGACCCUCCGCCGAUUUACACGCCCUCAGAUACCACGGUUUCGUCUCCUCUGAUGGCAAGGUCUGAACCACCACCAUUGCCGAUGCCAGCAUAUGCAUAUGAGCCAGAGCAAUUCUGCCGUAUCCCAUCCGCAUCUGCGCUCGCAAUGCCCGCCUCAGCAUGA